GCCAUGCCAAGGUCCUUCCUGGUCAAGAAGCCCUCCAGCAACAAAGUGCCCAACUAUGGGCAGCUGGAGACCCUCCACCGAGGAUCUCAUGGAUCGUCUUUAUCUUGGAGGGAGGUGGCAUCCCCUUGCCUCACUCAGGACAUCUCAAUAUGUCCGGCGACGGCACCUUGCGAGGCGGAGAGUUUAUGGGAUCGCAGCUCGGUCAUCGCUUGCCUGUCUCCUCCGCAAAGCAUGGAGACGAAAAGGGAGCCUGGUUUGGACCCCCAAGUCGGCAUCAUGGAAGGCACAGAAGGCAAGUUCGUGGCCACCCGUCUCCGGGACCACCAGGACAACCUCGCAGUGUCCCACCGGAGGACUCCCAACGUGGGCAGCCCGGCAGAAGGAGACGGCAGCGUCCGUCUGGGGGAACCUGGCACGGCCGCCGAGCCCCGGGGACCCUUUGAGUGUCCGGACUGUUGCAAGGCCUACGGCACUUUUGGCGGCCUGUCGCGGCACCGGCAGCAGCGCUGCAAGGCCUUGGCAUCCGCGGCGUCCAGGAGGUAUUUCAGCUGCAAGUCCUGCGACAAGGAGUACGCCAGUUUGGGUGCCCUGAAGAUGCACAUCCGGACGCACACCCUGCCCUGCGUCUGCAAGAUCUGCGGGAAAGCAUUCUCCCGGCCUUGGCUGCUGCAAGGACACAUCCGGACGCACACAGGGGAGAAGCCCUACGCCUGUUCGCACUGCAGCCGUGCUUUUGCUGACCGCUCCAACCUGCGUGCCCACCUUCAGACGCACUCCGAGGUCAAGAAGUACCCGUGUCCCUCCUGCCUCAAGACCUUCUCCCGGAUGUCGCUGCUCUUGCGGCACGAGGAGGCCGCCUGCUGCCUCGCCGCCACCUGAUCCGGCCUCUUGCCAUCCUCCGUCCCCAUUUCGGAGAAGUUCCGACCUUGGAAAUGGAAGAUUUCCAUUGUAAGACUGUUACCUCCAAUGGGUCCUGGCUCAGGAGAGAAAUCAGGCAGAAAACCCAGUCUCGUGAGAGAUGCAGAAAGCAAAGUUUAUUGUUACCACAGCUAUGAUAAGGCAAACACAUCCUAACGGUCUGUCCAAACGGCCUCCGCAAAGCAUGUCACAGCAAACAAAGAAUAUAUAUCUUGGCUUAUCUAAAACUAACCAGUGGCUGAGGGUCUUCCUCACCUUCCACACCUACUUUGGCACAAGUGAUACCAGUGACUUAACUUGUUGAUUUCAAGCAAAAACAAAUAGGCAAAAGUUUACUAUUUUCUGGCUUAUGGUCCCUUCAGUCCCUAAUUUUUAUUUUUGCGAGCGAGAUUUACAAAAAGCACAAAAAGCAAAACUAAACAUAUCUCUUUUCUUAAGCCAUCUCUCUUCUCCAAGAUGCUCUUCUGAGGGGAAUAGACACUAUGGCAAAUUGUCUGGCUUCUGGACUUACGAUUGUAGCGUGGUUCUCUAUACCACCAUGCAAAAGUGGAGAUUGCAAACCCUACCUCGGAGACUGUGGGUUCUCGACUUGCUAGCAGAUAACACACUCCGCGGCCCAGUUAUUUUGUGCAACAGCAUUGGGAUCUCGAAGGCUUUCAUGGCUGGCAUCACUGGGUUGCUGUGAGUUUUCCAGGCUGUGUGGCCAUGUGGAUAGAUGUUAGCUGCCUUGAGUCACCAGGAUAUAAAUAAAGACAAUAAUAAU